AUGUUUUUCACAAGUCUUGUCAAAUCCGCAUGGCGACCUUCGGCCUGUGUGCCAAGGGUCUUUUCUCGAUCCUUGUCAACAUCACGCUCGCUACGAGCUCCUGGGCCUAUUCUCUUGGAAGACAAGGAGAAUGGGUUUGGGUUCGUCCGUCAUAAUGCGCGCCCGCCAAAGCCCAGGUCGAUUGGCGUCACAGAGAUUCGGGGUCCUUAUUACUCGGCUAUGGGGAAGCGGUAUCUGCAAGAUGUUCUCGAAACAAUGGGGCAUCAUGUAGAUGGCCUCAAGUUUGCUGGAGGCUCCUUUGCUUUGUUCCCUGAAGAUAAGCUCAAGGAACUCAUUGACCUUGCCCACCAGCACGACGUCUACGUAUCCACGGGCGGCUGGAUGGAGCACAUCCUUCUGCAGUCUGAUCCACCGUGGGCUGUGGACCGGUAUCUGAAGAAGUGCAAACAGCUUGGUUUCGAUGUGGUCGAGAUUUCGGCAGGAUUCCUGUCCAUCCCACAAGAUGACUGGGUCCGAAUAGUCGAAAAGGUCCAUUCAGAAGGCCUCAUCGCCAAACCAGAGUGCGGAAUCCAGUUCGGAGCAGGAGGUGACACGGAAGCCUCGGAGCUGUCGUCUCUGGGAACGUCAGAUCCUUCUAAGAUGAUCACCAUGGGAAAAAGGUUCAUCGACGCGGGCGUCGAACGCAUCAUGAUUGAGAGCGAGGGCAUCACGGAGAAUGUUGCAAGCUGGAGGACAGACGUGAUCCAACAGGUCCUGAAGGAGCUGCCAGGGGAAAAGGUCAUGUUUGAGGCUGCGGAUCCGAAGGUGUUUAACUGGUACGUUCGAGAGUUUGGGGGCGACGUCAACCUAUUCGUGGACCAUUCGCAGAUUGUGCAGCUUUCUUGUCUGAGAGAGGGUAUCUGGGGGCAGUCCGAUACUUUUGGAUCGGUUAUCAACUAUAGAUCGUGA